AUGUUUUCUAGAGGGCUAGUACUGGACCUAGAAAUUAGCGGAUUUGAUUCCGUGGAUGUGGCCAGUCUGUUUAAACUUUACUUUAGAGACUUGCCUGGUCACAUACUUGGCACUAAAUCGGUGUUGAUAGCGCUCCGAGACUUAGCAAAAGACAUCGAAGACACCAAGGAACGGGUACGUUGGAUCCAGCAUUGCUUAGGGUCACUCCCAGCAGUGAAUAUGAACAUUCUCAGAUACUUGAUCAGGCAUAUGCAAGUGAUCAUUGCCAAAGACUCACUCAAGAUGUCUAGGGAGACAUUUGCUGACGCCUUCAGUACUACCCUUGACAUUCCCACAAUCGUGAUUGUGGAUAUGGUGAAUCAUUUCAGUGAUAUCUUCGAGCAUGAGCAAUUAGAGAGUGCUAAUGACAGCAGCAGCGACGAAAGCACUAGCGACAGUGGCGGUGGUAGCAAGAAGCACAGGGAAAUGGGUAAUGGCAACAGUAUGGAAGAACAGUUGUGA